GUCUAUCUGUCUCCUCCACGAUCGACGCCUUCACCUUUGUUUUUGUUUUUGUUUCUUUUUUUAUUCCUCAGCCGAUUCAGGAAAAUUCCGAUAAACAAUUUCUUAAAAUCCCACCAAGAAGAAGAAGAAGAAGAUGAGUUUUCAAGAUUUAGAAUCCGGAAGAGGAAGAUCGACGAGGAAGAUCAAUGGUGGUCGCCAAGAUUCGACGCAAGCCGUAGCUUCCGGAAUAUUCCAGAUCAAUACCGGAGUCUCCUCCUUUCAACGACUCGUUAACACUCUCGGCACUCCCAAAGAUACCCCCGACCUCCGCGAGAAGCUGCAUAAGACGAGAUUACAUAUUGGGCAGCUUGUGAAGGAUACUUCAGCUAAACUUAAAGAAGCUAGUGAAACUGAUCAUCAAAGUGGUGUCAAUCCAAGUAAGAAGAUUGCAGAUGCUAAGCUUGCAAGAGACUUUCAAGCUGUUUUGAAAGAGUUUCAGAAAGCUCAACAAAUUGCAGCUGAAAGAGAAACUACUUAUGCCCCUUUUGUGCCUCAAUCUGCUCUUCCUGCUAGCUACACAGCGAGUGAGGUAGAUAACAUCCCGGAACAGAGGGCACAACUUCAGGAGUCGAAAAGGCAGGAACUUGUAUUGCUAGACAACGAGAUUGCAUUCAAUGAAGCUGUGAUUGAAGAAAGAGAGCAAGGAAUACAAGAAAUCCAUAAUCAAAUUGGCGAGGUUAACGAAAUUUUCAAAGAUCUUGCGGUUCUGGUUAAUGAUCAAGGAGUUAUGAUAGAUGAUAUCGGUACUCACAUCGAUAACUCCCGUGCUGCAACUUCACAAGGAAAGUCUCAGCUCGCGCAAGCCGCGAAAACACAAAGAUCAAACUCAUCUCUGACAUGCUUGCUCUUGGUGAUCUUUGGCAUUGUACUCCUGAUCGUGAUUAUCGUACUCGCAGCUUGAUUUCAAAAAGCAAGAACAAGUCGUCUGGGUGAUUUCAUCGAUCAUAAAGCGUCAAUGAGUGAGAACUACUUGGUAUAUAUAACAUAUUUUGAAGACAACACUUAGAAGUUGGUUUUGUAGUGUGAUUUGCUUCGGUUCGGUAUGAUGGUGGGUCAUUGGUUUCUGUAAUAGAGUGUCCUGUGUGUGUGGAUUUUUUGUUGUGCAAACUUUUCGUUGGAAUUGAGAGAAAGUCUGUUCUGUUUGUC